CGCAACUAAUCCGCCAUAAAGUCCGAACACCCUGUGGUGAACCUGAGGAAGUGCAACGUCGAUUUUUGUAACUCGAUGUUCCUCGGGUCCAGUGACAUUGAUCCAGGGGUGGCCAAUCAACAGGAUCAACAGAUGGCGAGAUUAACUUCGAGCCAUCGUCAACCUUCAAAGACCAAAAAAACAAAACAAUAGAAUUUGAUUUAUGUCGAGUGGAAGGAACGGCAAUAACAGUCGGGAUGAGUGUCAACAGUUCUGGUGUGGCUGAUUUUUUUCACAUGCUCGAGUCGAACAAGCUGAGCGAUGUGGAGGAAAUCAAAAAAGUUUUUCACGAUCAUUUUUUAUCCACAAAAGACAACUGGUUGGUCAAUGGGCUCUUUGAUUACUACUUAUCAACGGAUUCCCUCCGUACGAUUGAAGUCCUGGCAGGUGUGCGGGAGCCACAUGAUAAAUAUCUUCUGGAUCGUCUCUCGGAGACACUGGCCAGGCCCAGUAACAGUGGCCAACGCGUCAAGGUACUCACCGUCCUUGGACACGUUGCCAGGAGACAGCCCACCCUCUACAAAUUGGCCAAUCAUCCGCUCUUCAGAGAACUGCUCAAACUGCUUAAAGUUGACUCUGAGGCUCUGUCACUCAUGAGUGGACUUUUGCUACUUGUGACAUUGUUGCCAAUGUUACCAGCUGCGCUUGGUCCCUAUCUGCAUGAAAUAUUUGAGGUCUUCGGACGUCUGGCCUCCUAUUAUCAUUUUCAAUCUUCAAAUCUCGCUUCUACUAUCGGCAGUGGAAAUACCAGCAUGGAUAAGGAUCAACUCUAUUUACUGCAUCUACAGGUUGGAUUGUACAGUUUAUUCCACCGUUUAUACGCAAUGUACCCCUGCAACUUCAUCGCUUAUCUGAAGCAGCAGUGCUCCCAGAGGGAUCACGAUGUAUUUAAACUCACAAUCAAGCCAAUGUUGGAGUCUGUGCGACUGCACCCACUGCUUGUCACUGCAUCCAAGGACGCAGAGACCAAUGCAGCGAGAUGGAAGAAGAUGGAGCACCACGACGUGGUGGCAGAGUGUGGUCGUUUCGCCCUGGACAGAAGUAGAGAGGAGGUUUUGGCUCCUAUCAAUCUUCGUGCCACUCCCAUACCAGAUCAUCUGUGCCCAUACACCCCAGUGAGUGUUGCUGAGGGAUUGUCAGGGACUGGAGCUACCAAUGGAGAAGAGGACUCUUUCUGGUCCCCCAGCAUGGCCAUUCCUCCCCACAGUCCACCACCACUGUCAGCCCCUAGCCUCGAGGCUCGAUCCACGCCAUCGACUCCAAAUAACAACAGAAGCAGUUCCUCACCACCUGAGGCAGCAGUUGAAGCUACACCUGAAACCACUCCUGUGAAGGAUAUUCGACAAGUCUCUUCACGACAGCCACCUCUUGGCUCUGCUGCAGUUAGAGCCUUGGGAGCCUUCGGGAAUGGAUCGUUGAGUGGAAACUCCAGGCCUUCUACCCCAACUUUCAUCAAUUCUCAUGCCUCUGCGUUCUCUGGGAUUGGAGGCGGUGGAGAUGGGGGAAUUCUCUCGCAGAAAAUCAACAGACUUGUUGCUGAUCGUCAGAAUGUCCUCCAGACACAGAGAUCGUUCAAUUUUGAGGGGGUUGGGAGAGGCCUGGAGAACAGCCCAGGACGAAAUGGAAAGAAUGACAGUUGGAAAGAGGAUCAAGAGGUAGAAAUCGUAAAUUCCCAGGCAAGCAGAUCCUUGACAUUCCUGGAACGUCAACCGUACAAUGAUGAUAAAGUACGUGGCGCAAGGGUGGAUCUAUCAAAGAAAGUAAGAAGACUGAGAUUUCACUCGCAAUGUCAGCCUCAGCAGCCAUGCCCAGUCCCCCAGCCAGACGUCUGCAAAGUGCGAAGAUCCAAGUCCUGUCCAGACAUAGAGUCACAAAAAAAAUUGAGCACAGUUAUGGAGAAUUUUAGAAGCAUCGUUGGAGCGAAAAGCAGCGAAGAAGUUGGAACACAAACCUCGGAUCUUAUUCCUUAUGAGCACCUGCUCUUUGGUUUACUCGAGCAGAGGCAUCACGAGCAGCAGACCUCGAGACAGAGUGCUGAAUCGAGAUUGUCUCCAAGCUCGAUGCUUGAUCGUUACAUCGAGGCUUGUUCACGUAUCAGUUCUUCCAGUGGAGACAGGAAAAGAAUCAGGAAGAGGGAGGACGACGGGGAGGAUUGCAUGGAGGAUUUUGGGAGUGAUAACCCACAGCUGCAGAUGAUGCAGAUGCAGCUGUUGUUUGAACGACAGAGGCGGGAAGUUCAUGCUGAGAGGAACAGGAGGUUACUGGGAAAGCUGAGGGACUCUAGGGCACUAGAGGAGCAGAAUGCUGCAUUGACUGAUCGACUCCGUAUGGCAGAGAGUGAGAUAGAAUGCCUGAAGAGCGAAAUAGAUCGCAGUAAAAAGGAUAGCAGGAAUGCUGAGGAGAGAUACACUGAUGCUCUACACCAUUGGCAAUCAAAGUGUGUCGAGGAGCAGAAUCAGAAUCGUGUCCUAAGAGAAAAAGUCGAAGCAAUGGAAUUGGAACUGAAGAACGAGAAGAAGAGAGUGACUGAGUGUGAACAACAGGCCAGAUCAUCUGAGGCCUUGUUAUUCGAUGCUGCACAUCAACUGAAGUGUGCACUGAAGGCUGCGGGUCGUGGGGAAGAGUUGAAGAGAACUCUGGAUCUCAUCCACAAACGAUUUUUGUUAUUAGGAGAGGCUCAAGCGAAACUGCAAGAGCGUUCUUCAGGGCCAGUACCAAUGUCUAGACAGGAAGCAGCGCAGAUUCAGAGAGCCUACUCUGAAGAACUAUCAAAUUUAAAACGCCAGUUAGAUUCUCGAACAUCCCUAGUGGAAGCUCAGAGGGUCCGCCUAGUGGAGUUAGAAGCCCGUGAAGCCCGUACCGAAGCACAACUGAUUGAACAACAGCGUCUACUGCAGGAAGCAAAGGACAGAAACGAAGCUGAACUGAGGGCAGUUGAAUCCAAAUACAACUCUCAGGUGGAGAUAAAUCUCCUCCUGGAGAGUCGUAUACUGGAGUUACAUGGAAAUCUGGAGGCAGCGACGAUUGGCCCUGGCUCAGCAGCUGUAAACCUGGCCUCCUCAGCAUCUCCAAAGGAACGAUCGCCCCCUUUAUCAGGCAGUCUGGCCUCCUCGAGUGAAGGAAGUCUGGCAUUUCACUCUGGCACUGGAAUAAUCAGUGAUUGCUGUGAUUCUGCCGGAGAAAUAGCCAAUCUCCAGGCUAUCGUUGAGCCCGCCCCAUCAACAUCGAGUCAAGCCACUACGCCAUCACGUUCCAGUCAUAGACACGUACCAAAACGAGACUAAAACGAUUAAUAAUAGUGAAAGAAAGAAAAUAAUACAUUGACGUUACGAUGAAAAUAUGUUGAACUAAAGAAGAAUGAAUAAAUGAAUAAAUUUUUGAAAUUUUAAAAAUUCAUAAUAUUUUUCAUUUUUUGUAGAAACUAAAGAGAAGAGGUGUUAUUCUGAAUAAAGAAGAGGAAUGAUUGCAAUGAGUUUCA